AUGCACGAGGCUACUUCGAAGUCCAGUAUAUCGUCUGUAAGAGACUCAGAUGAUAAUUCUGAUGACGAUGUUUCGCCGCCAGGUUAUGAGCCUGUCGAGAGUUCAAAAGGCGACAAUACCAAACAAUGGACAUCAAAGCAAUGGACUAAUGCCAUUCUCGAGCGUGACACUAUUCAAAUUUCUGAAAACAAGCUCCAAAGUCGCCUUGAUGAGUUCUUACUCCAAGCCUCUCCAUCGGAAGUAGAAGCCUACGAGAAAAGUCGCAAAAACUUGCUCUCUAUUGUCAAAACUGCGCAGGACGCAUACGAAAAACGCUAUCCGAAUUCUCAGAAUCCAACAGUAGCAAAGAAGUUUAUUGAGAUGUUCAAGGCCCAAUGCCGUGAAGCUGCCGAGAUAGCCUUUGAGUUUUCGAAGAUUCUCGACACUAUAGUCCAGCAAGCGCCUACGUUUGUUUCGGUAGCAUAUGGGGCGAUAAAAAUCUUACUCUAUGCAGAAAUAAAUUCACAGGAGCUCAAAUCCAAUGUGCAUAAGUAUAUGAAAAGGAUCAAAGUCACUUUUGACAUGGUUGAUCAUUUGACGGUUUACAUGCCAACGGCCAAUCUAGUUAACGCUGUGGCACAAAUGUACGGGCUGUUCAAUCGCUUUUUGGCAAAAGCGAUAAAGCUGUAUACAAGGAACAGACUAAAGCUGUACAUUGCUGCGUUCGCAAAACCAUGGCGCAAGCUGGAAGGUAUCGUAACCUCAAUUGAAUUCACGUAUUCAAAGAUAAAAGACAUUACGCAGUUCCAUACUGCGAUAAAUACUUCAGCAAACCUGUCGAUCAAUCGGCAAAAUCUUGCUACCAGCAGAUCUCUUCUUGCUCUCGGAGAAGGUACAUUGGCAGUAAUAAAGCAGCUCAGUGAGCAAGUUGAGGCGCUUUCAGUCAAAAUAUCAAAGGAGACUGAUAUUCAUGAGGUUGCAUCCUUGUUGCAACAAAAGGUAGAAGAAAAACUGGACGACCCUCGUUUGGAUGACUUUCAAGACACCGUCGUAGGUUCUGAAGGAACCUCAGAUGAGCCUGACUAUGAACGGUUUCUUCAAGACGUAUUCACCGAACUACGGGACUUUGAGGCAACAAACAAACAGCGUCGAGACGCCAUGGAAGAGCUCCCUGAGAUGCAUAGCCAUCGUGCAAUGAAACGAAACUUGCUCAAAGCUGAAAAUAUCAUGCAAUGGAUUGAAUCCAAGAAAUCUCAACUGCUCUGGAUUGACGGUAAUGAAAUUCUCAAUCGAGGGGAUUUCAACUCUUUAUUCGCUGCACCUCUGCUCAUCCUCGGCGAGAACUCUUUUGAAUCAGUUCUCGUUCUCAGACAUUUCUGCGGCGACGGCCUUACUGUGAAAACAAAUAACUACCGUACACUCGUUCAAUCACUAAUAUUCCAAAUGUGGAAACAACGACCUCGUCUUCUACAGCCAAAAUUUGCAAAUCUUGGCAAAGAGCAAACUAGCAAUCUGAUGCAAUUGUGGAAUUUCUUUCUUGAAUGCCUAGCUGAAGUCAAUGCAGACUGCACAUUCAUUAUCAUCAAUAGUAUUGACUACCUACACCAUGGAGAGGUUCGAAACGGAGUAAGCGAACGACAAAUUGUGCUGCGACAACUUGAGGACCUCGUAAAUAACAGAAAUGGUAAUAUAGUCAAGAUUCUACUUACGGCUAGCAUUGCACAAGGCAAGUUUGAUGCUUCAAGCCCAGAGCAAUCUACUUUGGCGCUCCCGUUCAAUUCGAGAUCUACAUCACAGCGCCAACCCUCUCUGUCCAUAAUGCAGAAUGAUAUGUCCCUUCCACAAAAGAUGAUUGAUAUUCAAGAGCGUACAGAGCGUACAGUCAGCUUUUCUAGUUUGCCUAUGCUAUAUCCUUUGAAGUCUUUGAUAUACCACAAAGCAUCUGGCGACAAUCAACUUAGAGCAUAUAUUGUUUCUGAGCUUAGUGGCAUGGAACACCGAAGCCUGAAUAUGUAUAGUCCUCUUCUUAUCCGAGUAUGGAGUGUCGAGCACAAUGGUACCUAUUUUACGAAGAGAUAUACUACCUUCCCGGUCUCUCAGUUUCCAGGUGAGAAGCCAAUUGCCAGUCUUCAAUUAGUUCCAGCCGGAUACGUUCCAGAAGAAGCCGAGCUUCGAAAGGAACUUAUCUUUCGUGGCAGAAAGUACUGGAACUUGGGAAAUGGGAUCCAUUACAAACAGUUUAUAAAGAAUGGCGACCCUAUUCGAAUCAUUGUGGAUCUCCAAUCUUCAGCCGCCUUCGAAGAAAUCCCUUUCCAGGAAGUUGAGGAUGAGUUUCCUCGGUUGUUAGACAGCCAUGCCCUCAAAGCAUGUGUUCUGCUUGUCUGUCCACCGAAAAUAUCCGUUUAUAAUCUUCGAGACCGUACAUGGGACAAAGUUUUUGUCGAUGAUAUAAGCAAUAUUCUAUUCCAGCAUGAUAUCCUCGACCAGCUCUAUAUCAACAACGAAUCCAACAAGACUAGAAUACUCGACCUAGUAAAAUCAUGUACAACAAACAAGAUGCAACGUUCACUUCUUCUCGAACGAGACUACAAUGUCACUGGACACGAUGGUAACGGAGUUGUAUUGUUAAUUCAUGGAGACCCUGGCACCGGCAAGACGUUCACGGCAACCUCGGUCGCAGAAACUAUCCAAUGUCCCAUUCUUACCAUUGCAUCCACAAGAGAUACAUCCUCUGUCCUCACCGCAUCCUCAAAACCAGAAGAUUUGGAGCAAUUCCUCUCCCGCCAGUUCCAUUUCGCCCAGCGAUGGGGCGCAAUCGUUGUUCUUGAGCAUGCCGAACAAUUUCUUGGCAAGAAAAAUCCCGAAAACACUUUCGUGACUCUACGCAUAAUGGACCGCUUCUCGGGUGCCUUAAUACUGACUACACAUGCACGAUUAAGCGAGUUCGACAGCGCUGUUCAGUCGCGCCUCACUCAGCAUUUUCACUUCUAUGCGAUGACAGACGAGUUCAAAGAGCAACUAUGGGGUCGGCUUUUUCAGGGACUCAAGGCCGAGCAGCCUGACCUAGAUAUUCCCGAGCUUGUCAAGUUUGCUGGGGAUAAUAAUUUCAAAAUGGCGACACGUACUGGGAGAGAUAUACAGAAUUCCUUCAUGGCUGCGAAGAGGCUCUCUGAGCAAGAGAAGACGACGCUGAGUAAGGAGCAUUUGGAGUACAUCCUUACUCCAAGACAGAAUUACGUUGCCACUCUCCAACACAUGUAG